AAUGCCGAAAAUUUUGUUCAUGUUCUCUGUGCUAGAUAGGAUUAUUUUGAAAUGAUAUCUUUCUAGUUAAUGAAACUCGGAUGGUAUAUAAGUGUGAAUAGUUAACUUCACCACUACUACUAACAACUUACUACUUCUUCGCCUGGUUUCAAGCGCGUUAUUGUUUAGCAAAAUCGAGUUAAUUUUAUAAUAAAUAAAUAAAUAAUAGACAGACUAAAUCACAUUGCGGAUUAUUAUAUUAUAGGUACAAAUAAAAUAUUGUAACCAUAAUUAUCUGUAACUAUUGUGACGUCAUCGCGUGUUUUUGAAGAAAAAAAACUAUUUAAGAAAAAAGUGCCUGAAAAGAUGAAGCCGAAUAGAAAAUUAGAAAAUUUAAACAUCCUCAUUGCAAGCAACAUGGAGAGAGACGAGUCAUACGCUCAUGACUUGAAAGAUGUCCUGAAAACAGCUCACGAACAGGGCAGACUAACCUGCGGCAUCUACGAAUGUGGAAAAAGAUUAGAAAACAAUCCAGAUGACAUAAUGUUAUGUAUUCUACCGGUGUCUUCAAAGCAAGAAGACCCGACACUUCACAUCCACCGAACACUAAUUAGUGCGUUCUGUCUAGAGGAAGGCAUCCAUAUUGUAAACGUGAGCAGUGCGGACAGUUUGAAAAAUCUCUUCACCUCCAAAUUUGGCUCCGUGAAUUCAGAUGGGGAGGACAUUGUCUAUGAUGACGUCGUUGAUGACGUCAUUGGUGAUGAUGUAGUAGAGGGGAAUGCUUGUUCCAAUGCUGAUAGUAAAGAUUACAAUUGUCUCCUGGUCGAGAUACCGAUUGAAAAUCUAUCCCAAUCCGAGGAAAAGAUCCUAAAUCUAUUGGACUACUAUCAAGAUGAAUUCCCAUUGGUCGACCUCGAUUUUAUCGGGUUGCGCUGCUGUUAGAUGAUUGGCUGCUGAAAAUAGCACGUCUGAAUACGUGAGUCAUCGUUUCCCGAUAGCCAGUUUCUGGUUGUAACUGUUACAAAAAAGGGCACUUCUAACUUGUUGCAAAACCAACAACUGAAGCAACAUAGCACCGACUGAAUGCCGGGUCGACAGUUUCGCAGAGACACACAACUACAACAGCUACAACUUCAGUAGUACAACUGCUGCUACUGCUGCUGCUACUACUACUACUACUGCCGCAACGACAGCUAGUACUACUGCUACUACCUCUACAACAACUGAAGCUACUUUCACUACUACAACUGUUACUUCCACAAAGACUAUUACUACUACUUUUCGUAUAAUAAUAACAAUAAUUAUACCAAAAGGAACUACUAUUAUUACCAACUAUAAUUAUUAUUAAUUAUAAUUUUUAUAAAUAUCUGACAGUGGCUAAUUAUGUACAAUGCCAACAAUCUCAUUUCUUAUCGUUCAUCCAAUGGUCAUUUAUCAUCAUCAUUAUUAUCAUCAUU